UCUUGUGGAAAGAACAAUUGUUUCUUAGUCAUCAACUAACAAAAAAAAAAACCCACAAAAAAUGGUUGAAUUUUCCUUCGUAAGUUUCCCCAGCGCCAAAAAUGUCGAAGUUGACACAUUUUUCAUAAAAUUCGACCUGAAAAUCGGAUGUUUCGUAACUUCUGGCCUCGGAAUUCUCUUAUCGUCGAUAAUGAUCGUUUUUUCUGCUUUUAAAAUGACAGAUGAGUGUGCCACACCAGCGGAAUGUCUUUUGACGCAACAUCCACUCCUACCGCAAUUCGCUGCCUUCUUCAAAUUCAUGCUAGCGGCCCACGUGUUGACUCUGGCAGGCGAAAUUUGUCUUCUUUUGGGAACGGUACUCAAAAUGGAGGCUUUGUUGAAUGUCUGGUUGGCUAUUCCGACGGGCGCUUGCUUCACCUACAGCACAGUUUACAGUUUUUUGGUGUACAAAGACUUUGCGGCAUACGGAUACAGUGGCGUUGGCUUCGCAUUUAGUCUGAUCGGGUUGAUUUUGUAUCUCGCAUAUUUGAUUUACGCCUGGAUUUGUGUUUAUUCGUUCGCGAAAAAGGUGUCGCAAUCGUAAGUUUUGCCAUUUUUGGACUAAUUUCGGAUGCAUGGAAGAUAGAAAUCAUCAGUUGACCCUUAAAACCUUAACAAAAUUUACAUUAAUGCACGUAAAUACACGUGACCUCUAAGAUGAACUCCAAAAUAAAAGCCAAAAA